AUUAAAAGGAACGCAGUUCUGAGAUAUGUUUUUCAAAAUUAUCUGUAAGCUGAUUACCGUUCAAAUGAUUGGAAGGUUUUCAUGAUAUUAAAUUAUACGAACAAACAGUUUUCUGGAAUAAUGUGUGUGUACUUUUAAAAAAUUUAUCACUUGCACUUUGAACUACGUAUAUCGAUCUCUAUAAUCAUGUUGUAUCGAAAAUGUCUACUACAGGCUAGGUGAACAAAAAUAUUAGCAUUAUUUAUAAUUUUGUCCGUAUACAAUAGUGUAAUGAGAAAUGGACAACAUAACGGGUAUAGUGCGGGCCAUGUGUCGAGGUUUUGUGGACAGCUUAAAAGGUGCGCUGGUUCUCUUUUAUAUGGAUAAACAGAUGAAUGAGAAAGCACUGAAAAAUUCUCCAGUAAGAGCAGAUUCGAGAUCCAGAAAAAGAGACAGCAGUACAACCAGUCCAAAUAAGCAACCAAAACGACAACAGGAGUCUAAAGUACUGAAGAGAACAAUACAAUGUUGUGCAUUAAAUGGUGGAGUAUUUUGGGCUAGUAUAUUCAUAUUUGAAUGUGGAGUACUGCCUUCUCUCAAAUAUUUAUUGACAAUUGUAUUUGGAGACUCGUCAGGGAUGGGUCUCAUGAUCUGGUCCUGGAUGAAACCUUUUCUUUCAAUCACUUUUGGGACCAUAUGGGUUCUACCACUUUUUUUACUCAGCAGGAUAGUGAACAAUUUAUGGUUCCAGGACAUAGCAGAUAGCGCAUAUAGAUACAGGCAAGGUCGGCCCCAUUUGUUAUCGAGUGUGAGUAAACUAGUAGCAGACAUGCUUUUCAGCGUGUUGGUCCAGGCCCUUUUUCUGGGUCAAGGAAUGCUGGUUUCGCGAGUGCCUCUUCCUCCAGUAGGUGAUCUUCUUGCCCUUGUGCAUAUGUGCCUCCUAUAUGCCUUAUACGCCUUUGAAUAUAAAUGGUUCAACAUGGGCUGGGAGCUACACAGGCGACUGACGUUCAUUGAAGGGAAUUGGCCUUAUUUUAUUGGAUUUGGGCUUCCACUUGCCAUUGUAACUCAGCUUCCAAAUUCGUAUGUUAUCAGUGGGUGCGUCUUUUCUAUCUUGUUCCCUCUGUUCAUUAUAAGUGGAAACGAAGCUGAUCCAGUCACGGGUGUCUGUGAUUAUCCAUUGAAACUCUUCUCACCAGUCAUCGCCAUAGCCAAUACGCUGUUUAAUAAAACUAUUCGGCCAGCCAACAGGCGGUGACAAUUGAACAAAACCACUGACUCACCCAUUUUACGUACUCAACACAAUAUGUAAACGUGAAAGACUUAUGAUAAGCUUAUACGAUCUGCUGAUCUACAAUAUGUUGACAUUUUUAUAUUUGAAGCAGCUAUUUCUACGUGAACACCAAUUGUUGUUACGCCAUAGUAAUAUUAAAUUUACGUUAAAAAAAUGGUGAAUAGGUCACUCAAGUGGCUUUGUCUUUUUUUUUACAAAAAGCUCACAAAUCAAGAAUUGUGUCCAGAAUAGAAAAAAUUAGAUUUUUUAUGCACUAUUAUUCAGACGAUAGGGCUUCAUAAUUAAUUUUUGUAUAAAAAUGCACUUGGCCUGAUAUAAAUUGGCUACGAUUUUUUUACAAUGUUCGGAAUUUUCACGGAAGUGUGAUGUCAACUUAAUGCUUUUUUGAGGUAGGCAAUACAUCUAAAUUGUGAUACUAAACUUUCCGCUGUUGGAUUUCAUCAAACACAGUUUAGAAUAAUUGAAAAUUGUCUAUUAGCUCAUGCAUAUAUUUGUAGUAAGAAUUAUUGUAUAGUAAUAGUAACACUCCUAGCACAGAUAUCAGCAUGAUUCUAGUAAAUGGAUCAUGUGUUGGUUAAUCGACUAUUCGUGAAAAUUAACUUUAAGAAGCCGCUACUCUUAAAUCAAAAAUUGAUAAAAAGCUUUAAGGUAAUUAGUGUUCAAUUCACUGUGUAUAAGAAGCUAACUGUACAUACAACGAAUGCUAUAACACCAUAUAACACUGAAUACGAUAAGCUGUGAGUGCUAGUGGUACAUAUUAAUCAAAAGGGGAGGGAACGAAAAUUGUAAUUAUAGUUAGAUAUGUAAUUAGUUGUAUUUUUUGAGAAUAUUUAUGGAAAGCGACUUGAGUCAGUAAUUAAUAAGUAAUAUUAUACCUAUCUAUGUGUAUGCAUAUCUGAUCUUAUAACGCCGUGCAUGCAUGACUAUAUUGUAUAUAGUCCUCACCGUAGAACAGAGUCCUCAAAUAUCAUUCUCUACGUCAGCUACAGCACGGACGUAUGAGGAUUGAAAGAAAGAGAGAAAAAGAACAAAAUUAUCUCAUCAUAGAUGGAUGAAAACUUAAUACUGCUUUUUAGAACUGCAUUGGAAGUCCAGAAGUUGAUUUUCUUAGUGAAAUUAUUUUGUAUAAUACACGUAAAUGAGAGCAGAUGAGGACCAAGGCAGAUCACAGACUCAAUAUUUGGAUCAGCAGAAGUUUGCUAAGAGACAGUAAAGAUAUUUCAUGGAGACGAUUGAUUUUUUUACCAUGAAAAAUAUGUUGCCAAAAGUGGAAAUGAACUUAUACUGUACUCAGAUAUAAAAGGUGAAAAAAAGUCUUGUAGGUUUAAUCUCAGUGAAAAAUGAGAAAUAACCAUAUCAUAAAAUAUAUCGAAGAGGUCUUUGGGUUCAUGCGAAAAUAUCUUUGCUUUGGUGGUUUUGAUAUAAAUAUGGGUGUAGCAUAGCAUAAUUAGUAAUAUUAUACUUAUACGAACGUAGAAACGUGUAAUUUGUUGCUUUGUAAUAUGCAUAUGUUUGAGCUCGUGCCUGAUUAAAAUUAGUGACUAUUAUUCAGAUGAGUGAAGAAUAGUCCGUGUUAUAUGCAACUUCUAUUAUAGAUUUUUAAAGAAUGCAUUUUAGGACUAGAUUAACAGCGAUGCUUUUUAAGGUGAAAUCAUGCGCGUUGUGAAGGAAUUUCAAGAUGGAUUUUAUCACCCAUUACUUGAGUCAACAUAAAUAUUUAAAUCAUACAACAGCAUCCGAGUGAUAAAAUAUCUAACACAGUUUGAAACAGAUUGUUUGUACAGACUUUUCCAUACCAUUAUUGUAUGUAUUGAAAAUGAGAAGUUGAACUAUUUGCUCUCUUUUAAAACGAACACAGAUUGAUUCGGUUCUAUCGUUGCAAAUGCUCGAAAAUUUUUCGAAUCAUCCUACGAGACUUAAUAAUUAUAUGAAAUUCAGAACUAUGAGUUAGGUAAGUACACAUGUUUAGAUUAUUCUGCGUCCAUCGAUGUCAUCAAGUGUGCUUUGAUAUGUCGUGAUUCAAUGGAAACGGGAAAGUAAUUUUGUAGCGUUAAGUCAAGAGAAAAACGUUUUGUUACCAACUUGUGAUAUCUUUUUAUGUUAUCAUUAUCAAAUGUGAGGGGACGCCAAUUGUACAUAUGAACUUGAUGUAAAAUAAAUGUUUUUGUAUAUGA